AACCCCUCUUCAAAUUCCUUUCUUCUUCUUCUUCCGAUAUUAUUAAGUCAUAAGCAGGACGCCAAAAAUUUCUAUUCUAUUCCAAGCAUCUGGAGAUGUCGUCUUCCAUCAACUUCUCCUGCCAUGUCGCCGGUUCUUCAACUUCAGAGGUAUUCAGAAACUCUCGAUUGUUCAGAGGAUUGCACUACAUGAAACCAUUUUCAUCCAAUGUCUCUCAGUGUAAUCUGUCCAUGAUCCAACUGGGAGGGAAGUCACUAAGCUUUUGUAGAACCAAAACUGAGUCAUCCAGUCCCAAUGUCUUUAAUGCUUCAGCGGAAAAUUCUCUUGUUGGUGAACCAUUGACUGAUGCAAUUCUGACCAGCAAUAGUUUUCCAAUCGAUGGUGAUGAUUUGGAUCAUCCAACAGGGGGAUUAUCGUCAAUAAUGGAGGCCAUUGAAGACAUUCGACAAGGAAAGAUGGUAGUGGUUGUAGACGACGAAGACAGGGAAAAUGAAGGUGAUUUAAUAAUGGCAGCAUCAAAGGUUACACCAGAAGCUAUGGCUUUCUUUGUUAAGCAUGGAACUGGUAUUGUUUGUGUCGGUAUGAAGGAGGAAGAUCUUGAGAGAUUGGAUCUUCCGCUCAUGGUAACACAAAACAGUGAGAAACUUUGUACUGCGUUCACCAUUUCAGUUGAUGCAAAGCACGGUACAACAACAGGUGUUUCAGCAAGUGAUAGAGCACUAACUAUAUUGGCUCUUGCGUCAAAAGAUUCGAAGCCUGAUGAUUUUAACCGUCCUGGUCAUAUAUUUCCAUUGAAGUACAAGGAAGGUGGAGUCUUAAAAAGAGCAGGACACACAGAAGCUUCUGUUGAUCUUGCUGUACUAGCUGGACUUGACCCGGUUGGAGUUGUAUGUGAAAUAGUUGACGAUGAUGGUUCAAUGGCUAGAUUACCCAGGCUUCAAGAAUUUGCAGAACUUCAUGAUCUGAAAGUUAUAUCAAUUGCUGAUCUUGUCAGGUAUAGAAGGAAAAGAGACAAACUUGUGGAGCAAGCCUCUGCUGCAAGGAUUCCUACAACAUGGGGACCAUUCACUGCCCACUGUUAUAGAUCGGUUUUAGAUGGAAUAGAGCAUAUUGCAAUGGUUAAGGGUGAAAUUGGAGACGGAGAGGACAUUCUUGUGCGGGUACACUCUGAAUGUCUGACUGGAGAUAUAUUUGGAUCAGCCAGGUGCGACUGUGGAAACCAACUGGCACUAGCAAUGCAACAGAUUGAGGCUGCUGGGAAAGGUGUAUUGGUUUAUCUUCGUGGGCACGAAGGGAGAGGCAUCGGAUUGGGUCACAAGCUUCGUGCUUAUAACUUACAGGAUGAUGGCUUUGACACUGUUGAAGCCAAUGAGGAACUUGGACUCCCUAUUGAUUCUAGAGAGUAUGGUAUUGGUGCUCAGAUAUUGAGGGAUCUAGGUGUUAGAACCAUGAAGCUGAUGACUAACAACCCUUUAAAGUAUGGAGGACUUAAGGGAUACGGUUUGGCUAUAUCUGGAAGGGUUGCACUUAUCACCCCUAUAACAAAAGAAAACAAGAGAUACAUUGAGGUGAAACGUGUCAAAAUGGGUCAUGUCUACGGCUUAGAAUCUGGGAAUCCCCUUACUGGGAUUAUCAAUAAAGAUUAGAUUUGAGGCAAGGCAGAGACUGGACAUUUUGAACUCUUUUCAUCUUCACAAAAUAAUCAAUGGAAUAAAGCGUUGUAUUAAGUUUAAUAAGAUAGUCAUUAAUUAUUCACAUUCAAAAUAUGUUCAAGAAUCAAGAGACAAAUUUUGUCCAGGCUAUCUGCCAUUGUUAAAAUUUGAAGCCAACUCUGCUCUUUACUUGAUCAAAGCUUCUUACUGUAUUUCACAUUGUUUGAUUAUUAUUCUCAUGUUAAAGUUUCUUCAGUUUUUAUAGAUAA